AUGGAACCAUCAGUAGAAUAUAGAAUAAAAGGAGUACCUAUUGAGGAGUUAAAGGUACGGGAUCUUUUGUAUCAAAUCAGAAAAAGGGGCGGAAGUGUACCAACAGGAACCCUUAAGGAGGAAAUGAUAGUAAUGCUCAAGAAAAUAUUAUACAACAAAGCAAAGAGAAUCGAAAGCCAAACUAUAACAGAAAUUAUAGACCCUGAAGACUUAAUGGAGGAAGAUGGUGGGCCAGAAAAAAGCGACCAUGGUUUUUUAAAUUCCUCAACCGAAACACCACCAACAAUGAAGAGGUCUUUCGAACAAAAUUUAGCACCAUUCAGACAAAAAAAAAAAUCAUAUAAAUUAGAAACCCUUUCUGGAUUUAGUAAAGAAGCGUUCGCUUUGGAAGAAACUAUACUAAAAAAAGAAUACAUUCGUUUUAUAAUUAUUAAGAUCUUAAAGGAACACGGUGGGGAUUCAGAUAAAACAUAUCCACCACCAUUAAUAAAUUAUUUUUGGUCCACUCACAUUUUAGAUACUUCUAGAUACGAAGAAUUUUGCAACCUAUUCAAGAAAAGGGUUCAUUACUGUCCAGAUAUUUUAGAGGAUUUAUCAGUUGAAGAAAAAAGAAAACGAUUUAACGAUACCAUUAAUUACUAUAAAGAGUUUUUUUUAGUUAAACCAAAUAAUGAAAUCUGGGAUGAUGGAUUUUUAGAUGAAGAAAAUAAUAAUAGUAAUCAAUUUGAAGAAGAACAAAAAAAACAGGAUCAGGAAGAAAAAGCAAAUAAUACCGAGGAAAAUUCAAUAAUAAAAAAAAAACAUCAACUAGAAACAGAUAGCAUAAUCAUUUUAGAUGAAGAAGAAGUAGAAGAAAAUAAAAAAAAAAAACAAAAAAUAGAAUUAAACAUUGUACAAAUACCAACCCCAGAAAAUAAAGAUAAUACCACAAAAACAGGUGAAGCUGCACCCACUUUACAAAAUAAUUAUCAAAUAUUGGAUUCAUCAAUAAAAAAUAAUGACAAUACAGAUAAACAGAAUAUAAUGCCACAAAUACAAAAACAACUACAACAAAAACAGGAUCAAGAAAAUAUAUCAUCAGAUCCAAAUAAAAUUACAAUUGGAUUUGUACAAAACAGGAGUUUAAUUAAAGAAAUUACUAAUUUUCGUGGUGUUGCAAUGGAUAGCCCUCUUUCUAAAGUAAUAAGAGCAUUUGUUAAACUAAAGACCUCUGAGGUCGAGGGUUGCAGAUUUUUUUAUGGUUCAAAAGAAGUUAUACAGACACAAACACCAAAGGAUCUUGGAAUGAAAAAUGGUGAUACGAUUAAUGUUUCUAAAUAA